AUGGACGAUACUGAAGACGCUGCAACUGUUCUUCCCAACGACGACAAAUUUACAGAUGGUGAAUCCGAAAGCUUGCAGUUCUCCUCCAAUGAAGAGCGUCGUCUUCUGCGUCUAUUUGACAUAUGUAUCCUACCACCCUUGACUUUCAUGUAUCUUUGCAAUGCACUUGACAAGGGAAACGUAGGUAAUGCAAAGACAGAUGGAUGGGACCACGACCUUGGCCUUGUAGGAAACCAGUACUAUCUACUCGUGAUGAUCUUCUAUGUUCCCUUCUGUCUCUUUGGGACGCCGAUCAGUCUUUUGGUCAAACGAUUUUCUGCUGCCCGAGUGUUGCCUCUGAUGAUGAUAGGAUUUGGCUCCAUGUCUCUCUUUGCUGGGAUAGCGAAGAACUUCCCGCAGAUAUUCGCCAUUCGUUUCUUCCUUGGUAUCUUUGAGUCAGCGAUGCUGCCUGGUGUGGUUUUCUAUCUAUCGACGUUCUACAAGCGUAGCGAGCUUGCAUCUCGCGUUGGCUUAUUCUAUGCCGCGGCUGCGAUCGCUGGGGCAUUUUCAGGCAAGUCUUAUCGCAUUCGGGGUCUUUCAAAUCAAAAACACGAAGUACCAUGGAUGGCAGUACCUAUUUUGGAUCGAAGGCAGGCAACAGACCCAUAUUGUAGUGCACGCGCUGAUGCCGUAUCCACAGGUGCAGGCACUUGUGCCUUCGCCAUAUUCGCUUUCUUUUGGCUUCCCCGCUCACCAUCUACUUGGUCUUUCCUCACUGAACGCCAGAAGGCUAUAGCGCGUUCACGUAUCUUGGCCGACUCUUCUGUAACAGUUGACGAAAAACUCGAUAUUCGUGAUGCCUUCAGGCCGCUAAAGGACCCAUUAUACUGGCUCUGGGCCGUUAUCAGUUUGAGUUUGGGUGUCCCUUUGGCUUCUGUCAACAACUUCCUUCCCCAGAUCGUCGCAAGCUUAGGAUACUCUACAAUCAAGACGAAUUUAUACACGGUCGCGCCGAACAUAGUUGGGACGGUGUCGCUCCUGGUCCUCACGUUUUCAUCCGACUACUUCUUGGAGCGCUCGAUACAUAUCUGCAUACCUCUGGCCACAACUCUCGCUGGAUUUAUUGUCCUUGGGUCCAUUGACGUAGUAAUACAUAAAGGGAUUGCAUACUUCGCUUGCUUCCUUCUGACUAUGGGGGCUUCAGCGCCCUCCGUAUUGGUUGCAACGUGGUAUAAUAACAAUACGCCUCAGGAAUCCCGGCGCGCGGUUGUCACCGCGGUAAUGGUUGCCAUCGCCAAUGCGUCGGGACUUAUUUCUACCAAUGUUUUCAGAGAGCAGGACGAGCCAAAAUAUAUUCCAGGCACUUACAGACCCCUUGCAACCUCAGCGGCAUUUGGCGGUUUCUGCCUCAUUCUUGUAGCAGGAACGGGAAUAUGGAUGCGUCUCGAAAACAAAAGGAGGAACAAAGCUCAAGGAAUCAGUGAUAAUUUCACCGCAGCCGAUGUUCAUACAGAAUCGCUGGAGGGCGGCAUAUUGGCUCGUAGGAGGGAGAACUCUUCUUUUCGAGACAAGGCAUCCAAUACAUGGUUGUAUGACACCAAACAAACGAACCUUGUUCAAAAUCUACCAGCCGCCAUCUCUGGCCUGUGA